AUGGUCCUGCUUUUACUCCUUUUUCUCCUCCUCCUGCCCCACGCUGCCUGCGAGACGCUGAAGGCAAAGUGCGUCUUGAACUUGAAGCGAGCUACUACCGACGCAUGGAAUUAUUACAGGCCAGGAGACCAACUCAUAAGCGGGGUGAUCUCUACCAGAAGGGCCAAAUUUUUCCUGGAGCGGUUCAGGAAGCCGCCCUACAUCUUCUUCAUCCCGGUGGAACGUCUGAGUUACUUACAGAUUCUCUUAUUCUUGAUUGCUAUUCAUGAGAUCAACCGGAAUCCCAGUCUCUUACCCAACAUCACCCUGGGCUACGAUGUCUUUGAGAAUUAUUUUGAUGCAAGCAGGACUUCUGAUGCCUUGCUAGACCUUCUCUCUCCUGGGCAGGCAAAUAUUCCAAACUACAGCUGCGGGAGGCGGAAUCACCUCCUGGCGGUCCUUGAAGGGGCCAACUUAGAAAACUCCAACCAGAUUGGAACUAUAUUGAGCAUCUACAAAUUCCCACAGGUCAGUUAUGGUUUGGCAUCUCAGGAUGAUCAUGACAAAGGACAAUUCCCUUUACCCUACCGCAUGGUUCCAAAAGAAGACCCCCCUUACCUGGGGAUUGUCAAACUCCUUCUGCAUUUCAACUGGACAUGGAUCAGUCUUCUUGCUCAAAAAAAUGAAAACGGAGAAAAGUUCAUAAAGGCCUUGACACCUGUACUCCUCACAAGUGGUAUUUGUGUGGCCUUCUCAAAAACCAUCUCGGAACUGACAGCUUUUUUCUUCAAAAUGGUUGUAGACGUGCAAGACAUCACUUCAUUACUGGUGCAACAUAGAGUCAAUACGUUUGUUUACUACGGAGGGCAGUCUCAUUCCAUGAUAGAUCUAAUCUACUUGAAAAAACAACUUGCUAACAUCGUGAAUCCCAUGGUGGGGAAAAUCCAUAUAAUAACAACUUUGCAAGCCAUCACCUUGGCUACAAGUGUUUUAGAAAUCCAUCAUUACCAUGGUUCUUUGUCCUUCGCAAUCCAGAACAAAAAAACGACAAACUAUGAAAAUUUCAACACUUUCUUUAGUCUCGUCAAGCAGUUUGGGGAGGAAGCAUUUAAUUGUUCAUACCGAAAGCACGUGCUCUCUGUGAAAAGCCAAGAAACAUGUAGAGAGACGGAGAAACUGGAGAUCCCAAACCAGGAUCUGAUCGAAAGGAUCCUGUCUGGUGAUGACUACAAUGUAUACAAGACCAUCCAGUUUGUGGCAUAUGCCGCACAUGUUGCAUACUCAAGAUCCAAAUGGAGGAGGGCGGCAGGUGGAGACAGGUUGGAACACCAAAAGCUACAGGCAUGGCAGCUUCAUCCUUUCCUGCGAAAUGUCCAGCUUUACAACACUUCCAUGGAUGGUGUUUAUUUAGAUGAGAACGGUGACCUGGCGGCCGACUUUGACAUAGUGAACUGGGUGACUUUCUCCAAUAAUUCCUUUAAUAGACUCAAAGUUGGGAGUAUCCAGAGAGAGGCAGGUUCCGAGUUCAAGUUCACCAUUGACCAGGAUGCCAUUGUGUGGCCCAUUGGGAUUAACCAGACCAUACCUCGCUCACGGUGUACUGAAAGCUGUCGACCUGGAUAUGCCAAGGUGAUACGGGAAGGAGAGCCGGUUUGCUGCUAUGCCUGUAUGUCCUGUGCAGAAGGGACCAUCUCCACACAGGAAGAUGCAAGAAAUUGUAGCAUGUGCCCAGAAGAACAGCAUCCAAAAAAGGAUCGAGAUCAAUGUAUUCCCAAGAUUAUAAACUUCUUGUCCUAUGAAAAACCUUUGGGGAUAAUCCUAACUUCCUUUGCUCUAUUCUUAUCUUUAACAACGGGACUUGUGUUGGGAAUCUUCAUUAAACACUUAGAAACUCCCAUAGUCAAAGCCAACAACAGGGACCUCUCCUACAUUCUUCUCGUCUCCAUCCUGCUUUCCUUCAUGUCCUCCUUCCUGUUCAUUGGCCGGCCAAGGAAAGGGACCUGCCUUCUCCGACAAAUAACCUUCAGCAUCAUCUUCUCAGUUGCCGUCUCUUCUCUGUUGGCCAAAACAAUCACGGUGGUGUUGGCCUUCUUGGCCACAAAGCCAGGCAACAGGGUGAGGCGAUGGCUGGGGAAGUGUUUGACCAACGCCAUUGUAAUUUCUUGUUCCAGUGUCCAAGUUGUCAUCUGCACCAUCUGGUUGGGAGUCUCUCCCCCAUUCUCAGACUCUGACAUGCACUCCCAGCCUGGACAAAUCAUCCUUCAAUGCAACCAAGGUUCUGUCGCCAUGUUCUAUGCUGCCCUUGGCUACAUGGGCUUCCUGGCUGCCAUCUGCUUCACGGUGGCCUUCCUAGCCAGGAAGCUGCCUGGGUCCUUCAACGAAGCCAAGCUGAUCACCUUCAGCAUGCUGGUCUUCUGCAGCGUCUGGGUGUCCUUUGUGCCCGCUUACCUGAGCACCAAGGGGAAAUACAUGGUAGCCGUGCAGGUCUUCUCCAUGUUGGCCUCCAGUGCUGGGCUCCUGGGCUGCAUCUUUCUUCCCAAGUGCUACAUUAUUUUACUGAGGCCUGAACUCAAUACAAAGGAGCAUCUAACAACCAAAAGUAAAGAUGGCACCUGA